AUGGAAACUGAGAGUGAGCAAUAUGAGGAUAUAUGGAGCAUCACAACUGAAACUGUGAACAAAGUCACAAAGAGCCAGGAUGGGCAGCCGUGUCAACUUUUCGCCGCUAUGCAGCUCAGAAACAACUUAGUCAAAUUCCAGUUGGAUUGUGGUGCAACAUGUAACAUUAUCCCCAUAAACUUAGUAAAUCCAGAUGUUCAAAUACAGAAGACAGACCAAGUACUUGUGAUGUACAAUAAAAGUACACUAAAACCAGUAGGCAAAUGCCAUCUGAAAUUUAGAAAUCCAUGUAACAAAAAGCUGUACAGACUGGAAUUUAUGGUUAUUGAUGCACACUCUACAGUACCGUUACUAGGAAGCAGAGCAGUCCAGGGUAUGAAGCUGGUUGAAGUACAAUCUGAGAAUAUCCUGGUGGUGGAUAAUGUUAUGACAAGGACGGAUGGAGAGGACACAGUCGGACAAUGGACAAUGAAACAAAUAACAGGAGAGUUCAUAGACAUUUUCACAGGAGAUGGUUGUCUGCCUGGUCACUAUAAGAUAGAGAUAGAUCAGGGGGUGGAGCCAGUGAAACUGCCAAAGCGGAGAAUACCAGUUGCAAUGAUGGGACCACUAAAGGAGGAGCUGGACAAUCUCCAUGAACGAGGUAUAAUCACACCAGUAGAACAUAGCACUGACUGGAUAAGCAGUCUGAUUGUUGUGAAGAAACCCAGCAGCAAGUUAAGAAUCUGCAUAGAUCCUAGACCGUUGAACAAGGCUUUAAAAAGGAGCCAUUUCCCUCUGCCCACAAUUGAGGACAUUUUACCUGAGCUGUCAAAAGCAAAAGUAUUUACAGUCUGCGAUGUAAAGAACGGUUUCUGGCAUGUCCAACUGGACAAUCCAUCGAGUUAUCUCACCACGUUUGCAACACCUUAUGGGAGAUACAGGUGGUUGAGAAUGCCUCUGGGAAUAAGCCCAGCACCUGAGGUCUUCCAGAGAAUGCUGAACCAGGCAUUAGAAGGACUUCAAGGAGUACACAUAAUUGCAGAUGAUGUGUUGAUAACAGGGGAAGGUGAAACACUGGAGAUGGCGAGAAAGGACGAUAACGAAAAACUGAGAUUGUUCCUAGACAGAUGCCGAGAGAGAAACAUUAAGCUGAAUGUCGACAAAUUCAGACUCAGACAAAGUGAAGUGACAUACAUUGGACAUUUGCUCACAUCGGAAGGCCUAAAAGUAGACCCAGAGAAAGUAUGGGCCAUAAAAGAAAUGCCAAGACCAACUGAUGUGAAAGGUGUACAGAGAAUUCUGAGCAUGGUAAAUUAUCUGUCCAAGUUUUGCAGACACCUUUCUGAUCACUGUGAAGUGCUCAGACAGCUGACACACAAGGACAGUUUGUGGGACUGGUCUGAGAUUCAUGAACAAGCCUUCAAGAACAUAAAAGACCUCAUAACCAAGGCACCGGUACUGCGCUACUACAGCCUCAAGGAACAGCUAGUUCUACAAUGUGAUGCCUCGGAAACAGGCCUUGGUGCAGCAUUAUUGCAGAGUGGGGAACCUGUUGCUUUUGGAAGCCAUGCACUGUCACUGACUGAAUGGGGUUACGCCCAAAUAGAAAAAGAGUGCCUAGCCAUAGUGUACGGCAUGGAGAAAUUUCAUCAGUACACAUAUGGACGAAAAGUGAUCAUACAGUUUGAUCAUAAACCUCUUGAGAGUAUUGUCAAGAAGCCACUGCUGCAUGCACCCAAGAGACUUCAAAGGAUGUUAAAGAGAUUACAGAAAUAUGACUUCAUCAUUACAUAUGUUCCUGGAAAGGAGAUGCUGUUGGCAGAUGCACUAAGCCGAGCGUAUCUGGAGGACACCGCACAGGAAGGAUCAGUGGAAAAAGAGGUCGAAAGUGUGAACAUGAUUCAAUACCUCCCAAUAUCUGAAGAGAGAAUAAAUGUAAUCAGAAGUGAAACAGCAAAAGACGACACACUUCAGACACUAAUAAAGACAUUAAGAGAAGGAUGGCCAACAAAUAGAAGAGAUAUACCAAGUAAAAUAGAUCACUACUACUCAAUCCAGGAUGAACUGUCAAUACAGGAUGGUAUUGUGUUCAAAGGGGAAAGAGUUGUGAUACCAGAUGCUCUCAGGAGUGACACGAUACAACGAGUUCACUCAGCACACCUUGGUAUUGAAGGAUGUUUGAGGAGAGCAAGGGAAUGCCUCUAUUGGCCCGGAAUGAAUGCGCAGAUAAAGGGAUACAUUGAGAAGUGUGAUCUGUGUAGAACACUGGGAGUAAAACAACAGAAAGAAUCACUCUACCCACAUGAAUUGCCUGAAAGACCAUGGUCUAAAGUGGGCACAGAUCUGUUUGUUUUCAAUAACCGUGACUAUCUGAUCACUGUGGACUAUUUCUCAAAUUUCUGGGAGCUAGAUUACUUUCAAGACACAAAGUCUUCCACUGUGAUUAACAAGUUGAAAGCCCAUUUUGCCAGGCAAGGUAUACCUGAUAUUGUGUUUUCAGACAAUGGGCCACAGUAUACGUCAACCGAAUUCCAACAGUUCAGUAGACGUUGGGAGUUCCAGCAUAAAACAUCGUCACCCACUCACCCGCAAAGUAAUGGGAAGGCGGAGUCCGCUGUCAAAACAGCAAAACGUCUGAUGCAGAGAGCCAAGAUGGCAGGACAAGAUCCAUACCUUGCAAUAUUAGAUCACCGAAACACUCCGUCACAGGGCCUAAAUGCAAGCCCCGCUCAGAGACUGCUAAGCAGGAGGACACGCACACUACUCCCAACACACAACAAUCUGUUGAAACCAAAAGUAAUGGACACAACACACGGACUGAGACUUAAUCAAAGGCGACAAGAAAUGUACUAUAACAGACACGCGAAAGACAUGACCACAGUGACACCAGGUGAUAAAGUAAGAGUACAGCCAACACAGUCACAAAAGGCCUGGCAGAAAGCAACAGUUAUAGAACCGGUCAACAAACGGUCAUACAAGAUUGAACUGGACAGUGGUGGUGUUCUGAGGAGGAACAGAAGGUACCUAAAGCACACUGGCCAUCAAGACCUGGUCAUACAACAAGAACAGUGUGCUGAGAACAGCAGAUCAAAGGAUCACUGUGCUCAGCCAAUUGGUGACACAAAACAUACUGUUACUACCAGAUCAGGUCGGAUUAAUGCCAGACCACAGUAUUUGAAGGACUAUGUUACUUAA